GUGCAGAAAGAACCAUUGCUCAAAAACUGUGGAUCAUUCAUUCGGGAUCGUUGGCUUGAGUUUGUUUUAUCAUCCUCCUGUAGAAAGCGCUUAUCUGCCAGUUUUUUAGUGACAAGGAGUCUGGUUAUCUUAUAUUGUUGUUAUUAUUUACGAUCUGUUGCGGAUUCAUCGGAAAUUUGCGAAGGUCGCGGUGAUUCCCAGUGUGGAAGCCCCGCAGUAGAUAUCCUGCUGACACAUGGCGGCCAUUCGGAAGAAGCUUGUGAUUGUUGGGGAUGGUGCUUGCGGUAAAACAUGUCUUCUCAUAGUCUUCAGCAAAGAUCAUUUCCCGGACGUCUACGUUCCCACUGUCUUCGAAAACUAUGUCGCUGACAUUGAAGUGGAUACAAAGCAGGUGGAGUUGGCCCUGUGGGAUACUGCUGGCCAGGAGGAUUACGAUAGACUCCGUCCACUCAGUUAUCCGGAUACCGAUGUCAUUCUAAUGUGUUUUUCAAUUGAUAGUCCUGACAGCCUGGAGAAUAUACCUGAAAAAUGGACUCCGGAGGUCCGACAUUUCUGUCCGAAUGUGCCCAUUAUCCUGGUGGGAAACAAGAAGGACCUCAGAAAUGACGAAAACACUCGCCGUGAAUUAGCCAAAAUGAAGCAGGAGCCGGUUAAGGCGGAAGAAGGACGCGCCAUGGCGGAGAAGAUUGGCGCGUAUGGUUAUUUAGAGUGCUCCGCCAAGACUAAGGAAGGCGUACGGGAGGUGUUUGAGACAGCUACCAGAGCAGCUCUGCAGGUCAAAAAGAAGAAGAAGACAACCUGCCAAGUCUUAUAGAGGACGAUGGGGAACCCAUGUGCACUCAAAAUCGUGGAUAUUAGCAAUUUAUGUUGGGCUUUUAUUUUUUGUUUCUGCAUCGUCUCCUUAAAUAUGCGCGCGCUGUUUGUUUCAUACGAGAAGGCUUUCGACACCUCAAAAGACGUUUCUCUCACAUUUUUGUCCCCCCAGUCGUAAAAAAUGACUAUGCUUCCUGGCUGUCCUGAACUGGCCACUGGUGUCAGUGUUUUUUGAAUUUUCAGUUUGUUAUUAAUAUUUUGACACUCUGGACAUUGUACGUGUAUGCUACUUUUUAUAAUAAUUAACGUUUUUUGUGUACUGAUCUUAAUGAUUCUUAUUAUGUGAAAACCGAUGCUGUGUGUUGCAAA